CGCUCUCUCCAGAAUUUUCUGGUGUAAUCCCGUUCCUUCUCCGUCGCCGCAACGUGUACUUCUUCCCGAACCCAGUAGAAUUUGUUCGACCCUUCCCCUCCGAAUCAUAUAUAUACCCACAUUGCCACGCCUUUUGCUACAACGAAAACCAAAGAACAAAGAAAAAUCUCCGUAAACACUCUCCAAAUAACUCUCCAAUCUCCUUUCGAAAAAACCAACCUUUGUUUCUUGAAAUACUCACAGUUCUAUAAUGGCUAAAGCUGAAGGAAAAGCUAUUGGCAUCGAUCUCGGCACAACUUACAGUUGUGUUGGGGUAUGGCAAAAUGAUCGUGUAGAAAUCAUCCCAAAUGAUCAGGGCAACAGAACAACACCAUCCUACGUUGCCUUCACAGAUACAGAACGGCUUAUCGGCGACGCAGCCAAGAAUCAGGUGGCUAUGAACCCGCAAAACACCGUUUUCGACGCUAAGCGUUUAAUUGGUCGUCGAUUCUCUGACCCUACUGUCCAGAGUGACAUGAAGCACUGGCCGUUUAAGGUUGUUUCCGGUCCAGGCGACAAGCCCAUGAUCGUUGUCCAAUAUAAAGGUGAAGAGAAACAGUUUGCUCCUGAGGAGAUUUCGUCUAUGGUUUUGACGAAGAUGAAGGAAGUAGCUGAAGCCUUUUUGGGACAAACUGUUAAAAAUGCUGUAGUUACAGUUCCUGCUUAUUUUAAUGAUUCUCAAAGGCAGGCUACGAAAGAUGCAGGAGCUAUUUCGGGGCUUAAUGUUAUGAGGAUUAUUAACGAGCCUACAGCUGCAGCAAUUGCUUAUGGUUUGGAUAAAAAGGCGUCGAAAAGUGGCGAAAAGAACGUGUUGAUUUUUGAUCUUGGUGGUGGAACCUUUGAUGUUUCGUUAUUGACUAUUGAAGAAGGAAUUUUUGAAGUUAAGGCGACGGCUGGUGAUACGCAUUUGGGCGGUGAAGAUUUUGACAAUAGACUUGUUAAUCACUUUGUGCAAGAGUUCAAAAGGAAGCACAAGAAGGAUAUUAGCGGCAAUGCUAGAGCUCUGAGGAGGUUAAGGACUGCUUGCGAAAGGGCGAAAAGGACUCUCUCGUCGACUGCUCAGACAACGAUUGAGAUCGAUUCUCUGUACGAGGGUAUUGAUUUCUAUGCUACUAUUACAAGGGCAAGAUUUGAGGAGAUGAACAUGGAUUUGUUCAGAAAGUGUAUGGAACCUGUGGAGAAAUGUUUAAGGGAUGCAAAGAUUGACAAGAGCCAUGUUCAUGAUGUGGUUCUUGUUGGUGGCUCCACUAGGAUUCCCAAAGUGCAGCAAUUGUUGCAAGAUUUUUUCAAUGGUAAGGAGCUUUGUAAGAGUAUUAAUCCUGAUGAGGCUGUGGCUUAUGGUGCUGCUGUUCAAGCUGCAAUUUUGAGUGGAGAAGGUGACCAAAAAGUUCAAGAUUUGCUGCUUCUUGAUGUCACACCUCUCAGUCUUGGUCUUGAAACUGCUGGUGGUGUGAUGACUGUUUUGAUUCCAAGAAAUACAACCAUUCCGACAAAGAAAGAGCAAAUCUUUUCGACUUAUUCGGACAAUCAACCAGGUGUGCUCAUUCAGGUGUAUGAAGGAGAAAGGCCAAUGACUAAAGACAACAACCUUCUUGGGAAAUUUGAGCUCAAGGGUAUUCCACCAGCACCAAGAGGAGUACCUCAGGUCAAUGUUUGUUUUGACAUUGAUGCUAAUGGUAUUCUCAACGUGUCGGCUGAGGACAAGACUGCUGGUGUGAAGAACAAGAUUACCAUUACAAAUGAUAAAGGAAGGUUAAGCAAGGAAGAAAUUGAGAGGUUGGUUCAAGAAGCUGAGAGGUAUAAGGCAGAGGAUGAGUCGAUGAAGAAAAAAGUCGAGGCGAAGAAUGCAUUGGAGAAUUAUGCCUACAACAUGAGGAAUACAGUGAGGGAUGAGAAAUUCUCAGGGAAAUUGGAUCCUUCUGAUAAGCAGAAGAUUGAAAAGGCUGUGGACGAGACGAUUGAUUGGUUGGAAGGGAAUCAAUUGGCUGAAGUAGAUGAAUUUGAGGAUAAACUGAAGGAGUUGGAGAACUUGUGCAACCCAAUUAUCGCGAAAAUGUACCAAGGUGGAGAUGUGCCCAUGGGAGGCAGUGCUGACACUGGAGCUGGUUAUGGUAAAGCUGGAUCAACAAAUAAUGGUGCAGGGCCUAAAAUUGAAGAAGUGGAUUAAAGAUGAUAUGUUACUUUGCUGGAUAUUUUUGUUUUAGUUAUCUACUAGUUAGUUAUUACUUUGAGUUGCAGGAAGUUGUUGAGUGUCCAGUUUUUGUGAGAGAGAAACAAUUACUAUAAACUAUGUAAAUCUCUAUGUUUAUCUAAAUAAAACUCAUUUUUCAUCUUA